CUAGGGGGUCUUAGAACUGCUUUUUCAACCGAAGAGGCAAUAUCGGAGUAGGUUUUGGCUUCUGGGUUCUUCUCUUGCCGAUGGUCUCGCGGCUUUCGACCUUUGUUUAACAAUACAUCAUGACAACAAGCACGGCGCGGGGUCCAGGCGGGGAUAGGGGGCGCGAUGAAUUUGGGCAGCCAACGGCGUCGUGUUCGGUUCAUUAUCAUACCAGUGGAGCAGAGCAUGGGUUCGACACGGAUCAGGUUGGAUCCGUAGGAGUUCUGGCGGGUUGACCAUGUGCAAUCGCACACACCCGGGCGGGAUGGAAAAACGGGCAGCGCAACAAAAGAGAGCUGGGUCUUGUUUCCAAGACCCGACGGAAACAUCUUGUACCUUGUACGACAAAGUCUUUUAUGCUAGGUUUUCCCCAGCGGCAUGGAACGAGCAAAAAGAGAGGAAAACGGGCUCGUUUUUAACUUUUUUUUUAUUUUUUUUUUCAUAUUGGGGACAAAUGUUCGGUUUUUUCUUAAGCAGCGAAAGAGAAAAUUCGGGAUCAUCAUCAUCGCAAUGGGGACAGCACACAACGUGCGCGCGCACGCUCAUCAAUGCAUUAUCAUCAUGGACACAACAACAUGCACAACAACAUCAAAGGGUUUACCAGCAAAAGAAAUUGGGGGAAACAAACAUUGGGAGGAUUCUGAUACAAGGGGACCUACUUUUUUCCUACAAAACGGGGGGCUCGCAUCAAGAUUCUCUUCCAUUUCUUUGGCUUUUCUCCAACAUUAGGUUUUUAUUGUUUUGGGAAAUGGUCAUGGUUUCAGCAUUUGCUCAGUGGAAAACUAACCCCCUCUCACCAUUUUAUGAUCCUGCCCUUUUUUGCUCUUUGCUUUUUCUUUUUGGAUACCUCUUUUUGUUUUUCUUCAUUUCAUUUCUAUUGUUUCUUUUCUCAUCUCUCGGAUCUUGUGCCUUUUUGGGGGACUGCCAUUUCAUUUCAUCCCUUCUUUCUCUCCCAUAUCCUCCGUCAUUUGCGCUCCAGCUUCGUCUAUCAUCCCUAUGUAGUUGAAGCUGGCCCAGGCAAGGGGAAUGGAUAUGGCAAUAGAAAAGAAUAUGAAAUGGAAUGGUGGAUGUCUCGAAAAAGGGGCACAGGAAUUCGGAUUGUGUCUGUGGCAGGUGAACCUCGAAAUGUGGAAAUUCUUUCAUGGAGGGGAAGCAUCUUUGUACUGUUAUCUUUUUUCUUUUCCUUUCUCUUCACAUUAUCUAUUCUGGCUUGCUCUCUUUUUGUUUCUUCUCUCAUCACAUGGUUUGGCUACCCGG